AUGCGCUUCAUCACCCCGAGGCCGGGGUCCUCCCUCCUCGUCUCCCUCCAGAACCUCACCCUCACCACCACCGCCGCAGCCCCCUCCGCCCGCGCCUUCUCGACAUCCUCCCCCCUCGCCACGAAGACCAUCAACCUCCAGAAGAUCCCCGCCGCCCCCGUGCCCCCUUACCCCUACGGCCCCCGCCUCCUCUACAAGCAGUCCAACAACGGCCUCUACGGCGCCGCCCGCAUCCGCCACGGCCACAACGUCUCGGAGAAGCACGGCCAGGUCACCCCGCGCACCUGGCGGCCCAACGUCCACCGCAAGCGCCUCUGGUCUGAGGCCCUCGGCGCCUGGGUCCGCGCCCGCCUCACGACCCGCGUCCUCCGCACCGUCCGCCGCGAGGGUGGCAUCGACGCCUACGUGACGAAGGCCAAGCCCGCACGCGUCCGCGAGCUCGGCCCCGGCGGCUGGAGGCUCCGCUGGCUCGUCGCCAACUCGCCCGCCUUCCGCGCCCGCUACGCCGCCGAGCGCGAGGCCCUCGGCGUCCGCGCCCCCAUGCCCGAGGACCAGACCGACCUCGUCUACUACAUGAUCGACGCCUCCACCGGGAACCGCCUCAGCGCUACCAGUAGGCAGACCCUCGAGCGGAGGGCCAGCCAGAUGAUCGCCGAGGAGUUCGCCAUCGGCGACGACGCCGAGCUGUUCGAGCCCGGCGCCCUGUACGAGGACGACGACUUCCACGCCCAAGGGAUCAAGGAACCGCCCGUUGAGGAAAAGAGGUCAUAG